CAGAUAUCGAGUAUGUUUAUUGGAAUUGCUUAUCGAUUUCUAACCAAACUAUUCCAUAAACACGGGAUAAAUGUCUCAAGACACACGUCAUGGUACAUAGUUGUGCCUAUCUUCAUGACAUUGUUAUCAGCCACAGGAUUACAAAAGUUUUCUCAUGAUCUGAACGAAGACUCUCUAGUUCCAUCCGGAGGGAUUGUCGACAAGUACAAAUCGUUUCUGAUGAGAUUAUUUUCCGUAGAUCUCGCAUCAAAUUUCUAUCCCGGGAGAUUAUUGCACACCAUUCAUUACGGAACUGUUAUUGUCGAAGCGACGGACGGAGGCUCGGUUCUACGAGAGUUCGUCUUUCGUGAAAUUGUCACUUUGGAUCGGGAAAUUCAAAAUUUUUUUGUUGACGAAGACGACGGGUGGAACUACAAAGACAUUUGCGCUAGAAACAAUGGAAAGUGUUACGAAAAUAAAAUUCUUCGUAUAGACAAUAAACUGAAAGUGUUGCAAAACGGAACUUUUCGAUUGAAAUAUCCAAUUGGCGACACGAGCAGAAAUUACGACGUUUUAACUUUGGGUGGCGUGGAAGUGAACGAAGAAGGAUAUAUAAUAUCUGCCAAGGCUGUUAAAUUGUUCUAUUUUCUAGACGAUUCGAAUAAAUGGGCAGAAGAAAGAGCCAUAAAAUGGGAAAAUCAAUUCAUAAACAUCUUAAAUAAGGUGAACUUUUCUUAUAUCAAAAUAAGUAAAGACGUGUUGCUUUCUAGAGAUGAAUCUAAAAAACAACUGUUUCCUGUUACCUUAAAAUAUAUUCCAAGUUCUGUUAUUUUGAUGCUUACGUUUACCGUUGUCAGCUGUUUAUGGCCAGAUUUCCUUCGAAGUAAACCGUGGACCGGAAUCAUGUCUUCGAUAGCCACUGGUAUGAGUCUAGUUUCGGGAUUCGGUUUAUUACAGUAUGCAGGAAUAGGUGUGUCUCCGGUGGAUGCAAUGGUUCCAUUUCUGGUUUUAGGUAUUGGUAUGGACGAUACAUUUGUUAUGUUAUCGGCGUGGAUGAAAACCGACCCGAAGAAAUCUGUGGAAGAAAGAAUGGCCGAAACAUUCACCGAGUCGGGCGUUUCUAUCACAAUCACUUCUCUGACUAAUGUUGCAUCGUUUCUAGUAGGAAUAUUCAUUGCCAAUAUCCCUGUAUAUAAAGAACUUUUCGUGUUUAUGGCAACGUGUUUGAUCUUCGACUAUAUUUAUCAAAUUACAUUCGUUGCAGCGAUUUUGGUUCUAUGUGGAAGAGCGGAAGAACGUCAAUUGCAUUCCUUGGUAUUCGUAAAAUUUCCAGAAAAUAAAAAUAUUGCUGAAAAAAUCUUCUGUUUCGUGCGUCCUGAAGAUUCGAAGCAGAAAAAAGAUAAUCGCAGAGUUAGAUUUACUGAACUUCUAAAGAAUUUCAACGAGCUGAUGAGGAAGAAAGUGACGGGAUUAUUUAUUAUAUUAUUAUAUUUUACUUAUUUAGGAAUUUCGAUAUGGGGAUUGACAAAAUUUUCUUAUGAACAAGAAUUAGAAACGAAUUUUGUUCACGGUACUUAUCGACAUAAUUAUCACAAAACGAAUGAAAAGUAUUAUAAUCAAUACAAGUACAGAUUGCAGCUGUUCAUCACGCAGGAACUCGAUUAUUCAAAUCGCACAAUCCAACAAAAUAUUGAAAAUAUGCUACAAACUGUCGAAUCGAAUCCUCUGAUCGCUGGAUCAUUGACCGAAUCCUGGCUAAGAAGUUAUUUACAGUUUAUUUCACAGAUUAAAUUUUAUUUCUUCUUAACCGGAUAUAACGUGACAAAUUCGGAAGAUUUCCUUUUCGUUUUGCAUAAAUUAUUCUUACGCUUUCCAGAAGCGAAAAGAUUCAGACAAGACAUCGUUUUCGAUGAUUCCUUCACCAAAUUCAUUUCUUCUCGUUUCUUACUUCAAACGAACGUUACAAGCAACGGAAGUUAUUUCUACAAUCAGUUUAAACACCUUCAAGAAACGUUGAAUUCUUUCCCAUUCACCACUGUCGUAUAUCAUCCGUUGUUUUACUAUUUCGAUAUUAUUGACGCCAUACCUAAGAUAACAAUUCAGACUUUAUGUAUUGUGUCGAUCGCCGUUUCUAUUAUAUCUGCCGUAUUGUUACCAAACGUCAUUUGCAUCGUGUGUGUAUUUUUCAGCAUAAUGUCGGUAGGUGUGGGUGUUUUGGGCUUCCUGUUCCUUUUUAAUCUCAGUUUUAAUGUGAGCUCCUUUUCUGUAAUAAUUAUUGUUAUUGGAUAUUCUGUGGAUUACGCGGCACACGUUUCCUGCGCGUAUAUAUCGGCGAAAUCGAAUAGUCCGGACAGACGAUUGCAGAAUGCAAUAAAUUUGACGGCAUUUCCCAUUAUACAAGGAAGCGUCACUACCAUUCUUGCCAUUGUAACAGUUCUAAACGUUUCGGAUAAAGGUCCAUUGUUAGCGACAAAAGUGAUUAUUUUAGCCUGCGUAAUCGCUGGAAUUCACGGACUUACAUUUGUUCCAAUAAUUAUUUCGUUGAUCGACAGGGUUUUUCAAAAAUGUCUCUAUUUUAUAUUCAAGUGGAAAUGUUCAAAUUCCUUCAGUCCUAAUCAUACACAAAGUGUACACUCAAUUCAGACGAAUAAACAGAAGACUUAAUAAUUAUAUUAUUGAUUAUAGUUAUAAGAUUUGUAAUAUGUUUCACGUUUAACAGUUGCAUUAAAUUUACUAUUAUUAUUGUUUGAAUAUAUUUGUGUGGAUUUCACAUAAAAUGUGUUAUACCGAUUUUUAUCGUGUAAAAGGUAUUUUAUUUAUGGUUUUCUAUCACCCGAGCAAAUUUCAUAAUUUUCUAUUUUACUCAAUAUAACUUUUUAUAUAUACUUAUUUUCUGUCUUCACGUAUUAUAAUAUCACAAUCGGAUCAUAACACAAAAUCGGAAAUUUUGUGUUAUAUUCAGUAUUUAUGGAAAUUGGUUCCCACUGUGCUUAAAUCGGAUUUAGGCCAAGGACACGCGUGUAAAAUUGUGUGGCAGAAAACUGAAUCAGAAAUCAGCAUUCGGUUCAGUUUCUGUUUUACGCUUUUAUGCCAAAACACACAUCCACAUGUAAAAAUUCUGGCCGAACAGGAAAUGUCACUGGACCUGCCUGUUAUUUGAAAUUUAGCACCUAUGGCCGUUUGUAAACUUUGUUUAAAUACGGUGUCUUUAUACGUGAUACUUUUUUUGUCAUAAAGGCACUGAUGUGGCCCAACGGAUUCAAUAAAUGUUUCUAUUUCAUUUAUUUUUCGUUUCUUCGAGACCGUCACAAUUGAAGGGAUAACCGUAGAAGACUCGACUGUGUAUCCGCAUACAUAAUUUACAUAUUUUGAUAUUGUUUAUAUAUUAACGUAUGAUUAAUUAUAUGUACUGUAUCUAUAAGUUUCUUUAUUACUAAAAUUAUUUCAUUGGUGUACAUUAAUGAAAUAAUUUUCAAGGUUUCAUUCAUUCUAUUGACCUAUUAAAUACUUGUCUCUCUAUCUAUUGACGUACUAAAUACAAGUAUUUAUAAAUAUCUUAUAAAUAAGUAUUUAUAAAUAUCUUAAUAAACAUUGUAAAUAUCUUAAUAUUAUUUUCACGUGUCAAUUUCUUAACAUAUUGUAGCCGGAAAGUAAUAAAAUAAACCAACUGAAAUGAAAGAAAGAAAAACUGAAUUAAAGUUACGUGUUAUAAGUGCGUUGAUUUAUGACGAAACAAUAAUGUUUUUACCAAAUAUAAAACCGAGAAACUCACUUAGAUCGGUUUUCCUUUUUUAUUUUGCAUGAUUUUUCUUUUCAGUUUGUAUCACGAAAUGUUAAAAGUUUAACGUGUAACACUACAACUUACUGUAUUUUAUCACACAGAAAAUGCCAAAAUGCGAGAAACAAGAAUCCGUAAUUGACCAUAAAAAAGUGAACCCUUAGUAACCUGAUUGACGAAAUAAACCAGAUAGAUAAACACACUUGUAGAUAACCGUUAUUCUCUUUUAGUAUGUCACUCCCUAUCGUCGUUUGAUAAGGAAUAAUUGUUACGAACUUCGAAAACGGGUUUUUUCAGUAAAAUAUUUAUUAAUAUUUGCAAAAGUUUUUUACUGCUGAUUUGACGAUUAAGCAGAUCUAAAUGUAGUGAUUUAUUUGUUUUUAUAAUUAUGCAUAAAUUCAGAUUAUUUUUAACACCGGUAAUCCUAGAGAUAAUUGCCGAUGUCUGAUCGUUAAAAUAUCUUUCUUCUUGGCACACUUUUCUUCCCUCGUAAGUAUUCUCUGACUAUUUUGUUUUUAAAAUCCUCAACCUUCAGAAGAGAAUAAAUUAAUUUUUGUUAUAUAAUUUAAGUUAAAUAUAAUGUAUAUAAAUUGAAAAGAAACUACUCUGGUAUAUCUAGGAGUAUAAGAAGCUUCGUUAUUAGUCGUAAGUAAUACUGUUUUGUAAUUAAACUACACUGGUGCUUAAUGUGUUAGACUUUAUGUGAAUCGUAAUUUAAACAGCAAAUAUUUAUUCAUAUUUAUAAAUUGGAGGGGUUUAAAUUAUACAGACUUUAACUUCGAUAUUAUUUUAUUACUUUAUUAUUAUUUAUGUUAAAUGCAUA